UGUAUUUUUGCUCAGUCUUCCGAGCAGCCCUGAACGCACCAUAGAUAAGCUGGGCGGAAGUUACGAGGGAGAAGAAAUGAGAGGAUUUUCACCUCAGAAAACUUUUUAAGGACUCAUUUCUCAAGAGUUUCGUCAACGUACAACAACAGAGCCGAGCCAUGACCAACAUUCAGAUCCGGAAGUAUCGGGAUGAAGACGCUGAAGCCGUGAAGGAGAUCUUCACGUUUGGAAUGAGCGAGCACGUCCCUUCGACCUUCACCCACAUGCUCAAGCAACCGCCCACCCAGAUGGUGCUCAUGUGCACAUUCUGCGCCCUCAUGGCCAGCUCCAAGUCCUUCCUGCUCCCCAUCCUGGCCAUCACCCUCCUCCUGGCCGGAGCCCGGCAGCUGGUUGUCCACACGUUCAACAAAUACAUCGAGACGUCCUGCAAGAGUGACCUCCACAACAUCAGCGAGACGUACCUGAAGCAGAAGGACUCGUGUUUCUGGGUGGCGGAGAGCGACGGUCGUGUGGUCGGCACGGUGUGUUGCGUCCCCAAUGAGACGGUGGCGGGUUGCUUGGAGCUGAAGCGCAUGUCGGUGCGUCGCAGUUACCGCGGGAUGGGCAUCGCCAAGGCUCUGUGUCGGACUGUAGCUGAUUUCACCCGUGACCGAGGCUACGCUGCCGUCAUCCUGUACACAUCUGUGGUGGCAACGGACGGUCAGAAACUGUACGAGCACAUGGGCUACAAGAUGAUAAGAGAGUUUGUUCUUCCAGAGGUUUGGGCCAAAAUAAUGAACUUCACUCUGUUAGAAUACAGACUUGAUUUACAGCAGGACAGAAAAAGAGACUAAAGGGAGCAUAAACACUGACAACACCCGCAUUAGGGGAAUUAUUUACUGCUGUUUUCCUCUGUUCUUCUGAAUGUAUUCUGUGGAGGCAGACUGCAGAACCUGCAGCUUUACAUUUUUCAUGACUGCUGUGCAGCUGGUUCCAUUUCAGCCAAACACAGAAACCAGAUCCCUUCUUUAUGAGAGUCAGGAAAGUCGUGGCCGAAGCAGCUUGCAGAUAUAUUUCUCAUUUAAAUUGGGAUAAAAGGUGCUUUAACUCAAAUGUCUGCAAGUGUAAAAUUGUGCAGCUAAGAUAUCUGACUUGAAAUGAAAAAACUAAGAAAAUAUUGAUAAAAUCCCCACACAAACUCAAAUGUGGUCUCACUAAUUUACCUAUUUAUUUCAAAUAAUUUUAAAAAUGUGUUUGUUUGACUUCGACCUGUCCAGGGUGUCCCCUGCCUUCCCCCGAGUCAGCUGGGAUAGACUCCAGCACCCCCUGCGACCCUAGUGAGGAUAAAGCGUGUAUAGAGAAUGGAUGGAUGUUUGUUUGACUUUUCUUUGAAUGUUUAUUUUUUGUUUUUUGGGUUGAAUAUUUACAUUUCUGCCAUGAAAAAUACUGACUGGAUUUCUUCUCUUAACUUGAAAAUGGAGAAACAUUACAUAAACAAAACAUUUUUACAAAACUGUGGAAAAAAUUGCAAAACGACUGGCAAUAUGUUCGCUCAAACUAAAAUAAAACAACUAUGGUUUAGCUGAA